UUCUUUGUAACAACUGAGAACAAACCCUCAUUUGGAAACUCAGAACAAACCCUCAUUCAUUCAUUCAUUCCAAUCAUCUUCUUCCUCUUUUUUCACUUCUUGUUCUUGUUCUUGUUCUUGCUUGUUGGAGAAGGAAGCGAUUUCAAUUUCAUCGAAAAUGUGGAGUCUCGAUCGUGAUUGGUACUCUCCCAGAAGCCUCUUCAGUCCUCCAACCCAUUACCAUUUUCCGGGUGAUCGUUUCAUACCCAACAGGAGCUUGAUGGAUCUUGAUCAAGCUCACACUUUGCUCACAAGCAGGUUCAACAUAACUCCUCACAACCCAUCAUUCAGUGAAUCUUACAGACAGAAACUGGAUGAGACACUCAAUUUGGGUUCUGAUGGGAAGCCAUUUAGGAUGUUAGUCUUCAGAGGAAGUUCUAAAUCAACUACAAAAUCUAUUCGUCACAUCGAUCAGGUGCGACAAGCAGACGCAGCCGCACUUCAAAACAGUAUCAAUCAGCCCCGCCCUCGUGCAAUGCCUAAGAAAGAGGCCAAGGUCUUGGAUGCACCAAAUAUUAGAAAUGACUACUAUUCAAACUUCAUGGAUUGGGGGAAAAACAAUAUUCUUGCUGUUGCUUUGGGAUCAGAAAUUUACCUUUGGAACUCUGUGAACAACAAUGUACAUAGGUUGUUUGAAGCCACUCACAAUGAUUGUCCCACAAGUGUUGCCUGGUCACGGGAUGCCAAACUUUUCGCAGCAGGAUUUAUGCACUCUAAGCUUCAACUCUGGGAUGCUGAGACUUCUAAGCCAAUAAGAGUCCUAGAAGGUCAUCGUCAAAGGAUUGGAACCAUUGCAUGGAGUGGCGAUACUUUAACUUCUGGAAGCCAUGACAAAUCUAUAAUCAACCAUGAUGUUAGAGCAAGAAGAAAUGUUAUUUCAUGGGUAAAAGCACACGGAGCAGAAGUUUGUGGCUUAAAAUGGUCCAAAAGGGGAAAUAUGCUGGCAAGUGGCGGCAAUGACAAUCAUAUCUACAUAUGGGAAUCAUCUAAAAUGAAUUCAUCGAGUUUCUUGCAUUGUUUUAAGGACCAUUCUGCUGCAGUCAAAGCCCUUGCUUGGUGCCCUUAUGAUUCAAAUGUGCUUGCUUCUGGAGGUGGUACAAAUGAUAGGUGUAUUAAGAUAUGGAAUAUUCAAAAAGGAACUUGCAUUCGCAGCAUAGAUACUACAGCUCAGGUUUGUGGAUUAGAAUGGAAUAGGCAUCACAAGGAGAUAUUAAGUGGCCAUGGAUUUAGCACAAGUACAUCCCACAACGAACUUUGCUUGUGGCGGUAUCCAUCCAUGAAUAAAGUGAGAGGCUUGGACCCUCAUGCUUCAAGAGUCCUCCAUCUAUCUCAGAGCCCAGAUGGGUUAACAGUGGUGUCAGCUGGGGCAGAUGAAACUCUUCGCUUUUGGGAUAUUUUUGGGCCACCUGCUACUGAUACAUCAAAGAUCUCACAUCUGGAUAACCUUUUGUCCCUGAAGAUAUCCGCAUUAAGAUAACAUUUUCUUUUACGAGCUUGUUUGGUUGCGGACCAAAGAGCACUUGUUGGAGCUUAUCUAACUCAUUUUUUAGUAGCUCCAAUAAGUGUUCUUUAGUCCGUAUCCAAACGCGCUCUAUAUAUUUUUUCUCAUUUUGCUUCCUCACUUUUCACUCUAAUUUGUUUUAAUUUUUCUGUUUUGUGAAGGGUGAUCGUUUCACUCCCAACAGACGUGGGGCUACUAAAUUGAUAUGAUCUUGUUGCAUGCAGUUGGGAGGAAACGGCCUUUGGAAGUUCUAUUGAGCUAGCAGAGGGAGGGUGUUUAUUAUCAUCAAGACAUACAGGCCAUUGACAAGAGACUUUGGCCUAUUAGUUUCAUUGUAUGCUAUUAUGCAUAUUAUACACAGUUUCCAAUUAUUAAAGACAAUUUGUAUAGAUUAGUAGUGACUAGGCAAGGCAGAGAUAGUGCUAAUUAGUACUGAUGCAAGACAUAAAUUGCUACCCAUCAGUAGCAUCAUUUGCCUUAACAGCAAUUGUAAAAGUUCACAGGAUCACUAUUAGUAAUAAGUAGUAGUACAAGGACUAUAUUGUAAUAAUAUAGAAGUUCAUUGUAAGCUGACAUGAGCUGGCAUGUUAGUUACUGAUUAGUUUAGAGUUUGUUAGGUUGUUAUAUAAUUAGUUAGUGUCUAAUCUAGGUAUAAAUAGCUAUCUACAGUGUUGUAUUGCAAUUCAGUUGAAAUCAGAAUAUCAAAGUUUCUUCUUC